AAAAUUAUAGCAUUUUUAACACUUGGUGACAAAGGAAACUGCACUGGAACUGCUUUUGUUAGGUGCCAUUUGUUCUGAAAUGUAGCUAGCCUUAGCUAGCUUUUACAAGAACGUUGGAUGACGUAACCUUACUGACCUUACCUGUACCCCGAAUGACUUCCUGCCUCAGGCGCCUCGCUGUGUCUCUGCCGUUCUCAUACACAAAGGAGACUACAAGCAGGAAGUCGAGAAAAAAAAGAAGCGGAUGAAAAUAAGGAAGUAAACGCUGUCGGAUCGGAGCUGGAGCCCCUCUUCUGCUGUAAAGUGAAAGUAGAUCAGUCGACAGCUCAGUAACACAAUUCAAACCUCAACGGCUGUGCUAAGGAAGUUAGCUGUCAAGCUAAUUCCUCCACUGACUCCACAUCUCAAAGCAAGACCUAAACAGAAAAAAGAGAAGGGGGGUGGAAGACACAGACGAGUGAGUACACUGCAGUGAGUUGCAAACUGAUUAACCCCCAGAACUAUUAUCAGCUACCAUGGACCACAAAGGGGAACCCAAGGAAGGAGCCAUGGGGCUGAAACAAGAGGAACUUCCACAGAUGGAUGGGUCAUGUGAUGCGUGCGAGCCUGACGAGGCCCAACCGGCCACACAAGCAUGCCACAUCUGCAGCUUUGCCUUCUGCCAUGUCCAUGCUGACAGACAUGCCAGCAGCACACGUCACCCGAUAACGCCUUAUAACCACGAGGGGACACAGGCUAAUGGACUUGGCACUAACAGAGACUCCAGAGUUGGAGGUGGAGCUGAGGAUGAGGCUGGUGCGGAGAGGGCAGCUGGAAUGGGUGCGAUUCAGGGGAUGGCAUUACUUGGAGUGGCAGUGGCUAAUGGCGAUGAGAGUGGUGAUGCUGGGGAAAAAGAAGGGACCCAGAAUGGUCUGCAGCUGGAGGCUGUGCUGGGUGAUGGAGCUGAAGGUGCAGACGCAGGGCAGGAGGCCAUGCCUGCUGGAGAGGCUGGUAAGAGGGACACUGUGACAGUAGAGAGACUGCGCUGCAAAGAGCAUGGGCAGGAAGGCUCCCUCUACUGUAAACCAGAUGAGAAGAUAAUCUGCGUGGUGUGUGCCGUGCAGGGGGAGCACCGUGAACAUGAGAUCAUCACUCUGCAUGAGGCCUAUGUGUGGCAGAAGAGCAAGCAGGGUUAUGACCUGCUGGGCUGUACACAACAGAUGGCUGAGACGAUCAAGACCAAGUGGACCAACCCUGAGAUGUCUACAGAGGAGCUAGAGGCCUAUGUGAACAGCCAGUUUGAUGAGCUCCGCAGAUUGGUGCGUCUGGAGGAGAAGAGGACCCUUCACUUGGUAGACCUCAAAGAGGCGUUCCUGACGGCAUCCGCUGCUGAGAAAAUUGCCGAGAUCAGUGUCCAAACUGAGCGCCUGCAGGAAGAGAUGGCCAACAUCACAAACCAGCUGUGCCUGCUAGAACAGGCUGAGGCAGGAGGUCCUGCAGUGGUAGCACAGGCCCUCGCAGCAGGGCCUGGACCAGCCCAGAGAGUGCAGCACGACAUUGAGGCCAGGCCAAGGCUACCAGAGCCGAGGGCAAACCCCAUGGACCCACGGGACUAUGAAGACAAUGAUUCUGGACCAUCCAUGGACCACGCCCCCUGAUACCAGCAGACCAGACUCCUUCUACAUCCACCUGUCCUUCAAUGUCUGCUUCAGCCAGCCGUUAGCCCUGUUGAGCUGUCAGGCUGGCCCUCUCUCUGUCAGCCGUCUCCCUUUUAACCUGCUUCCCUCCCCUCCCGGUGCCUGCUGGCAGUGAACUGACCUUGGAGAAGGCUGCUGUGACAAAUAUGGAUGGCCACGUCUUUUCUGCUCUCAAACUUUUUUAAUUCCUCACUAGCUACUAACUUUCUUUAAUUGAAGCAAGCAAGUUAUGUGCAAUCAAUUACCAUCAGGCUCAAUUUCCACAGCCAGUCAGAUCUUUGGCUUACUGGUGAGCCUGGCUGAGUCAGAGAGGAGCCUUGCUAGGCAGCCGAGCGGAGCAUCUGUUAAGCCCUAUAGAUGUCAGAAAUGGGAAGUUCUGUGACACGGUGCGCUUCACACUUCAUUUAUUCACAAUAUCAUUUUGGUUCUGUCGUUUUGACAAACAUUCUGGACACUCUCAGACAUAGAAAGGGAACAUUUGUCUGAUGCCACAAUGCCUUACGUCGUCAAGAGAAUAUGUUACAAAGGUGAUGUGGGUGUCUGGGUGUUAUAUUUUGAUUGUAAAAAAAAAACUGUUUCUCUAGCUUUUGUUUUAUAAUGUUUUCUCUUGUACUUUCUGUCAUUCUGUCUGUAUCAGCAGUUUGUUUUUAAUUUGAUUGAUUCUGUUGCCUUAAAUUCAAAAUGGAAAGCGGUGUCACCUGUAAUAUGUGGGGCAUGUUUGACAACAACAUGACUUCACUACUGUAGCACUGCACUAAGAUGCACUGAAAGUUGCAUACCCACCCAAGGGAAAUGAUGGUUUGUCAGCAGCCUAUUGAAAUGAUUCCAACAGCUCAUUCUUUAUUCUAGUGUAACAACAGACAGGAGUCUGACAUUUCCUAUUGUUUUUAUUUGUCUAUUUUUGUCUUAAAUCUAUAAAUAAAUAGCCUGUUUCUUAGA